AUGACUGAUUCAGCAGACAAUACGAAAUUGUCAUCGUCACCUACUCCUCCUACAUCAUUGACACAUUCUAACGAUGUUGCUUCUCCAAGGAAUCGUCUUGAUCCGUUUAAAAAUGCAAACGUGCAAACUUACAGUCAUCGACCAAAUGUGUUUCCUGUGUAUGUGCUAGAUACUGUGUCCAAAGCUGAAACGGUUAGAGCUGAUCAACAAGAGCCUAAUGAAGAAAAGUUCCCCGAUCCAUAUGGGAGAGACAUUAACGGUAGUUGGUACCAGUUCAAGAACUCCUUGUUUUAUCCUACAACAUAUCCACCGGAGAGAGUGGAAAUUAACGAAAAAUAUUUAGAUGAGUACAGCUUGAAUGGAUCGUGGGGUGGUGAUGCUAGACUCAAAGAGGAAUUCAAUCAAACGCAAUAUCAGCAACUCAAGGAAGCAAACAAACAUCGAAGUAUUCUCAAUCUAUUUAUGAGGACAAAGGAUCCUGGUGAAAAUGAUACCAAAGUACGUUCUACAGCGGGUUAUUGGAUGGGAGAAAACAGGUCUCAAUUGAAACCAGCAUUUAGAAAGUUUUUCAUGCAAAAUCCGUUGCUACCUUUGACUUUGAGGAUAUUGACAUUGAUUUUUUGCGCCAUUGCCUUGGCUUUGGCUUGCAGUAUAUUUGUCUUUUCAAGAGAUACUUACGAUGGUGCCAAAGUUGGUCAAAAGGCGAGUACGAUAAUGGCUAUCGUGGUGCAAACAUGCGCUUUAGUCUAUGUGGUGUACAUUGCCUAUGAUGAGUAUUCAGGAAAACCAUUGGGGUUGCGAGAUCCAAUUGGAAAAUUCCGGUUGGUUAUGUUGGAUCUACUAUUUAUCAUAUUCUCCUCAGCAAACUUGUCACUAGCGUUUGACACUUUAUAUGAUGACGAAUGGGUUUGUGAAAUUUACAAUAACCCACAUGGAGUCAAUGUUAACAAUGCAUUCCCAGUGAUUUCAUCGAUCUGUCGUCGACAAAAGGGACUCGCUUCUUUCCUCUUUGUUGUGCUAGUCACUUGGGUGUUGACAUUUACCAUUAGUUUAGUACGAGUUAUUGAUAGAGUAAAUGUUUAG